AUGAUAACAGCAGCGUAUACUAUCGUGAGUCAGGCGAGACAAGACAAGGACAUAAUAAUGGAAAGUUUCUUGGCUAAUCGACCCGAUGCACCAAGUCGGUGCACAUUUACAGUCAACGGUGAUAAAAGUAAAUGUCCACAUAAUCUAGGUUCCAGACAAAAAUCUCUUCGGCAAAAGAUUUACAAUAAUGUUUUGGAAUUGAUUGGCGAUACGCCACUUGUGCGUGUCAACCGUUUGGCUCGUGAUUCAGGCGUUAAGUGCAACCUCUUGGCGAAAUGCGAAUAUUUCAAUGCUGGUGGUAGUGUCAAGGAUCGUAUUGGAUUGCGUAUGGUUGAAGAAGCUGAACGUGAUGGUACCUUGAAACCAGGUGAUACUGUCAUCGAACCAACAUCAGGAAAUACAGGUAUUGGCUUGGCUCUGGCAUGUGCAGUCAAAGGUUACCGAUGCAUCAUUGUCAUGCCCGAAAAGAUGAGCAAAGAAAAAGUUGAUGUACUUCGGGCAUUAGGCGCCGAGAUUAUUCGAACACCAACGAGUGCGUCAUUCGAUUCACCCGAAUCGCACAUAGGUGUAGCUCAUCGAUUGAAAAUGAAAAUACCCAAUUCGCACAUUUUGGAUCAAUAUCGAAAUCCUUACAAUCCAAUUGCUCACUACGAUACAACAGCAGAAGAGAUUCUCGAAGCAUGCAACGGAAAAGUUGAUAUGGUUGUUGCAGGAGCUGGAACAGGAGGAACAUUAACUGGUCUCUCGAGAAAAUUGAAAGAAAAAUGUCCGAAUUGCAUCAUUGUCGGUGUUGAUCCUGAAGGUUCAAUUUUAGCUGCACCUGAAACAUUAAACAACACCGGAAUUACCUUCUAUGAAGUUGAAGGUAUUGGAUAUGAUUUCAUCCCAACGGUUCUUGAUCGUUCAUUGGUUGAUCGUUGGUACAAAAGUUCGGAUCUGCCAUCUCUUCGAUGUUCUCGAAGAUUACUUAAAGAUGAAGGCAUGCUUUGUGGCGCUUCAUCAGGUUCGGCAAUGUCAUGUGCUAUUCAGGCAUGUAAAGAUUUCAAUUUAACGGAAAAUCAAACAUGUGUGGUUAUUCUACCAGAUUCAGUGCGAAAUUACAUGACGAAAUUUCUAAGCGAUGAUUGGAUGUACGAACGUGCUUUUCUCGACGUCAAAGACGAACCAAACAGCGAAUGGUGGCAUGGUAAACCCAUAUCAAGCUUGAAACUUCGUGAACCGGUUACAGUUUCAUCGAACACAGCCAUUCAAGCAGUUUUGGAUAUUAUGCAUGAGCGAGGUUUCGAUCAAAUACCAGUGAUUUCUGAUGAUGGAGCUUUCACCGGUAUGACAACUAUGUGCGAAAUCAUGGCAAAAAUGUCACGCGGUUCAAUAAAAGCACAAGAUCCAGUAUCGAAAGCUGUCACAGAUAAAUUUCGAACGGUUCAACUCGAUGAUACUUUGGCCAAACUAAGCCGUAUUUUAGAAGCACACAACUAUGUGAUCAUCAAGUUUGCUCAUGAUCAUUCAGAUCAGGAUACGGCAGUGCGACAAAGUAAAACACACAUCUUUGGUAUUAUAACAAGUAUUGAUUUACUUGAUUACAUCGUCAAACAUAAUCAAUCAGGUGAACCCGUCAAUGGCGAAUCUGUAAAACAAAAUGGAAUUCAUUGUGGUGAUGCCAUAAAAUCAUCGGCUAUUGCAAAGGAAUGCGAAGCUUCGCAUUAG